AAAACAAAUAUGGAAGACGCAGAAUCCCAAACAGAUAAGAAAAAUUGCACGUUUUUAUUCAAAAGAAGAAAAAUUCGAAGUACUGCAGCGAGAAAACGUAAAACGGUGAAUGAUGAAAAUGAGAGCAGUGAAGAUGAAACUACGGUAGUUAAAAAGGAAAAGAAGCUGGGUGAUAAUAAUCCUAUGAAACAAAGUACUAAUACAAGGAGAUUAAAAGGUCACCAUAAAGAAAUUAAUAAUGAUAGCAGUGAAGAAGAAAGUAUUACAGUAUCAUACAAGAGUUCUAGAACUCCUAUGCCAGCAGGACCAAGCGACCAAGGAGCUACAGCAAUUUUAGAAACAGAGACAGAAAAAGAUAAGGAUGCUCAAGCAUUGUUUGAGAAAGCUCAGAAAAUAAAUGAAGAACUUGAAGGAAAAGAAGAUGAUAAGAUUUAUAGAGGCUUAAAUAAUUAUGCUCAAUAUUAUAAGAAGAAAGAUACAGCUGCUGGAAAUGCUUCCAGUGGUAUGGUACGUAAAGGACCAAUCAGAGCACCAUCUAAUCUUAGAGCAACUGUUAGGUGGGAUUAUCAACCAGAUAUAUGUAAAGAUUAUAAAGAAACUGGUUUCUGUGGCUUUGGAGAUAGUUGUAAAUUUCUUCAUGAUCGCUCAGAUUAUAAACUGGGUUGGCAACUCGAAAGAGAAGCUGCAACCGGAGAAUACAAUAAUAGUGGGGAUGAAGAUGACAAAAAAUAUGAAAUCAAUAGUGAUGAAGAAACAUUGCCAUUUAAAUGUUUUAUUUGCCGAAAUAGUUUUACCGAUCCCGUAGUUACGAAAUGCAAACACUAUUUCUGUGAAAAAUGUGCUUUAGAUCAUUACAAAAAAAGUACAAGGUGUUACAUAUGCAAUGUGCAAACUAAUGGAGUAUUCAAUCCAGCCAAGGAAUUAAUUGCACGAACGAAGAUGGAGGAAAAAGCAAGAAUUGAAGACGACGAAGUUUCUGAUGAAUAAUAAAGCAUAUAUAU